AUGAGCGGGAAAUCACCCGCGAACAACGACGUCCACAUGGACGGAGACCAAAACAGACCACGGAAUGACGAUGACGAUCAUGAGCGAAGAGACGCUCAAGAGGGGGAGGGACAGCCGAGUCGCAGAGACAAAGGCAAAGGAAAAGCCAUGGCGAGGACCAUAGCCGAGCUGGAUACAUUUCCAGCAGCCCCAUACGAUCUAGGGCAGCCCCGACAACAGACCUGGAUAAACACAGGAAUAGGGUGCAUGAACUGCGCCAACACAGAAUGCACCACUUGCAUCAACUUUACCAGCCACUUCAUGGUAGGUAUUAGGAACAAUCACGCACGAGCUGACCGAAAGCUCAUGGCCCGGGACAUAUGCCCGGAAAUAUUCAACGACUACGACAGGCUGUGUGAUACAGCCAGGCGGACGAUAGAGUCCGACCGAGACGAGCUCGACGAAAUCGACGGGAAACUAACCCGGCUAAACAACUAUGCUGAUCGCAUAGAGCGGGAACUGGACGAUGCACGCGCCAGGAUUAAAGAACUGGAGGCGUCACAGGACGACGCCCAUCGACACAACCGUCGAAAGACGCGGUUAUCGCUGUCUCCAGGACGGCCGGUAUCCGAUACAACAAGCUCACAAAUGGAGUCGUCAAUGGGAAUGGCGUCCCAGCCACAGUCUAACCUCUCGGUGACCAGUGGGCUCAAGGACGACUAUUAUGAUCUAAACUCGGAUUAUGGGGACUCCGAAGCAUCAGAUGCCAAGGAGCCCCCGCGUUACAUAAACACGGCCGAUAACACGACGGUCGACCAGCCCAGGGGCCGACGAACGGCCUCCGAAUUUCCGCCGCUACCACAAGCGGGGCCAUCCAGCUACUCGCAAGCCGCGUCCGCCCACAGCUUAGUGGGAAGGCUGAGCACACCUACAGCUCCGCGAGGAAACGAGCAGCCCAUGAUCCCCGAGAACUCGGCGGCAUGGGCAGAAAUGGUGCAAGCCGCACAAAUCCCGGACAAUUGGGAUGCUUACAAUAGCUGUCGAUCGGUGGUCAACAUAGCAAAUCAGCUAGCCAGCGACAAGAAGCCCAUGAGAGGAUUCAUGAGGGCUGCGCUGCGAACAUGGAGAGCCCCCGACUGGGUCAAAGGCGGCACAACGGCCGCGCCUCGUUUCGAGGCAACCACAGACGAUUCGGUACCCGUCUCAGCCACGAGACCGGGACUGGCGAGUCGUACUGAAUUAAGACCCACAACAGGGUACCAAGCCCCAAGCAUGGACGCACCGCCUGAAGCGUGGUGCGCGUACGAUUAUUACUUCAGGCACGUCAAGGCCAUGUCCGCGGGAUUGGGCGACAAUCCGCUCGACCUAAGGACUCGACAAGGGCAUCGUCUAAUACGACGAACGGGCCCGUCACCAGCGGCGGGAGAUCCCGCUCUUGAGCGUAAUCGAUCGGUAUACGCUGAGCGUGCGACCACCCUCCUUGCAAUGCCUGGGAGGUACCAGGCCGUGAUUCAACGACUGGGACUAACCGUCCCCUCCAUGUAUCAUCCGUCCCACUAUGCAGGACACCUCGACAAUCUAUCGGUCGAGGACGAUGCAGGACACCUCGACAAUCUAUCGGUCGAGGACGUUGCAGGACACCUCGACAAUCUAUCGGUCGAGGACGUUGCGGCACACCUGGCCGCCUGCGGAGUCAGCAUCGAAAUGGCGAACGAUGCUUGGCUCUUCGCACGACAGUGGCUGCUCGAUCCGCGGAACGAGAAUCGCCCCAAUACCUACCCCACACGCCAGCAGCUCCUCGCGCUGCCUACCUCACAAUAUCCACCCAGUGCGCCCAACGCACCACUCCUCCUGCGGAAUCCCCAUGUCUACUUCCCGCCGGGGUGCCCUCCCGAACCCACCGAGGUUCGAUCCAAACGGCCGCGCCCUCCCGUGACUACUUCCCGUGGUGGUUACAACACGAAUGCCGCAAUUUUGAGGCAAUUACACGUGGUUGCCACCACCCUCGGCCACACAACAGUGACCAUGGGGGACCCCAUACAAGGUCAUUCGACAUCACCGGCAUUCCCGGAAUCCAUGGUGGACAGGCUGGGGCCACCCUCAUUGGCGUCCUCUCUCCCAUUCGAAUGGGACGACGAUGUUGUCAAAGCAGACAACACUACAUCCCAUACGGUAUCGCUGGGGGGCACGAUUGUUCCCCCCGCCUACUUACACUCUUCGUCAUCCAGCCAUCAAGCCGGCCCCUCCGCCGUCACUCAAACUGCUGCAUCUACGUCUGGGUCCAACCACCCGCACACACACCCCACAUCGCUCCCGCCAGCGACCUCACCAUCAUUCGUAACCGACGACAUCACCAUGUCGCCCAUUAUUGACAGCGAUCCUGGCGUACCCACGCCUUAA